CCUUAUUCCCGGACUCCGCAGUCCGGGGCUGGUGGAACCCGAGCUUAGAGCUUGGAGAGGCUGGCAGAGCUGGAGCUGCGUGGCUGCGGAGUCCUCGUGCCUUGAGGACAGAUGUGCGCAGGCAUAGGGGGUGCUCCAACCUGAGCUGGGGCUGAAGCUUCUGGAGAGGACAGGACGGCGACAGCGAGAUGCAGCCGGAGGAGCCCUGCGCCCCGAGCGCGCCCCGCGGUCCCGACGUCCCGGAGAGAGGCCAGAGCUCGCGGGACCCUGAACCGCGCCUGUCGGGCCAGCUACUGCCCGAGCUCUACAGCUUCGUGGCGCGCGUCCUCUUCUACCUGGCACCGGUGUACCUGGUGGGCUACCUGCGGCUCAGCGUCACCUGGCUGCUGCUUGGCGCCCUGCUCUGGAUGUGGUGGCGCCGGAACCGCCGGGGGAAGCUGGGGCGCCUGGAGGCCGCCUUCGAAUUCCUGGAGCACGAGCGCGAGUUCAUCAGCCGCGAGCUGCGGGGCCAGCAUUUGCCAGCCUGGAUACAUUUCCCAGAUGUGGAACGUGUGGAGUGGGCCAAUAAGAUCAUCACACAGAUCUGGCCCUACCUGAGCAUGAUCAUGGAGAACAAGGUCCGGGAGAAACUGGAGCCCAAGAUUCGUGAGAAGAGUGUCCACCUCAGGACCUUCACCUUCACCAAGCUCUACUUUGGGCAGAAGUGUCCCAAGGUGAACGGCGUCAAGGCACACACGGACAAAGGCAACCGGAGGAAAGUGACCCUGGACCUGCAGAUCUGCUACAUCGGGGACUGUGAGAUCAGCGUGGAGCUUCAGAAGAUACGUGCCGGGGUGAGCGGUGUCCAGUUGCAGGGUACCCUGCGUGUCAUUCUGGAGCCCCUACUGAUGGACAAGCCCUUCAUAGGAGCUGUGACCGUGUUCUUCCUUCAAAAGCCGCACCUGCAGAUUAACUGGACAGGCUUGACCAACCUGCUGGACAUGCCGGGGAUCAAUGAGCUAUCAGACAGCCUGCUGGAGGACCUCAUUGCUGCCCACCUGGUGCUGCCCAACCGCGUGACUGUGCCUGUGAAGAAGGGGCUGGACAUAACCAACCUGCGUGUCCCUCUCCCCUGUGGUGUGAUCAGAGUCCAUUUGCUGGAAGCCAAGGAGCUAGUCCAGAAGGACAACUUCCUAGGGCUCGGAGGCAAGUCAGACCCCUACGCCAAGGUGAGCAUUGGCUUGCAGCACUGCCGGAGCAGAACCGUCUACAAGAACCUGAACCCCACCUGGAAUGAAGUAUUUGAGUUUAUGGUGUACGAGGUACCUGGGCAGGACCUGGAGGUCGACCUGUAUGAUGAGGAUACUGACAAAGAUGACUUCCUGGGCAGCCUGCAGAUCUGCCUUGGAGAUGUCAUGAAGAACAGAGUGGUGGAUGAGUGGUUUGUCCUGAAUGACACGACUAGUGGGUGGCUGCACCUGCGGCUGGAGUGGCUCUCACUACUCACUGACCAGGACCAGGAAGCGCUGCCCGAGAAUGAUAGUGACCUCUCCACUGCCAUCCUCGUGGUCUUCUUAGAAAAUGCCUGCAACCUGCCGAGAAACCCUUUUGACUAUCUGAAUGGUGAAUAUCGAGCCAAAAAACUCUCCAGGUUUGUCAAAAAUAAGGCCAGCAGAGACCCUUCUUCAUACGUCAGGCUCUCUGUGGGCAAGAAGACCUUUACAAGUAAGACCUGUCCCCACAGCAAGGACCCCGUGUGGAGCCAGGUGUUCUCCUUCUUUGUGCACAGCGUGGCAGCUGAGCAGCUCUGCCUGAAGGUGCUGGAUGAUGAGCUGGAGUAUGCUCUGGGGCUGCUGGAGUUCCCCCUGAGCCAGCUCCUCCCCUGUGCCGAUCUCACCCUUGAACAGUGCUUCCAGCUGGAUCACUCAGGCCUGGACAGCCUCAUCUCCAUGAGGCUGGUGCUUCGGUUCUUACGUGUGGAGAGACGCGAGCUGGGAAGCCCGUACACCGGACCAGAUGCUCUAAAGAAAGGUCCUCUGUUUGUCAAGAAGGUGGCCACUGAGGGUUGUAAAGCCCCACCCCUAAAAGAAGGCCUUGGAGAUGUGACAAGCCCCUUGAACCCUGCCUCUUACAUCAAGGGAGUCUCCAAGAGCACUGAUGACAUCACGGCCACCACAGCCCCUGAGCCUAAGCCUGAGCCCCAGGAGACAGGCCUGGAGCCCAAAGGCAAGGACAGUGCCAGAGGGCUCUGUGAGUCCCCCAGAAAGAAGAAGACCCCAGCCACCACCUUCCUGACUGUCCCAGGUUCCCACUCUCCAGGGCCCAUCAAGUCACCCAGACUCAUGAGCCGCCCUGCCAUCCCAUUCGCAUGGCCACUCACGAAGGUGGCUCCCAGCAUGUCCUCACUCAACUCCCUGGCCUCAUCCUGCUUUGACCUGACAGAUGUCAGCCUCCACACUGAAGCUGGGAAUCCCAGGCAGCGACGGCUGGGUGAGAUUCAGCUCACAGUGCGCUAUGUGUGUCUUCGACACUGUCUCAGGGUGCUGGUCAAUGGCUGCAGAAACUUGACACCAUGCACCAGCAGUGGAGCUGACCCCUACGUCCGAAUCUACCUGUUGCCAGAGAGGAGAUGGGCAAGUCGGAAGAAGACCUCAGUAAAGCAGAAAACCCUGGAGCCCCUAUUCGACGAGACGUUCGAGUUUUUUGUUCCCAUGGGAGAAGUACAGAAGAGGUCAUUGGAUGUUGCAGUGAAAAACAGCAGGCCUCUCGGCUCACACAGAAGAAAGGAGCUGGGGAAAGUGCUGAUUGACUUAUCGAAACAAGAUCUGAUUAAGGGCUUCUCACAAUGGUACGAACUGACUCCAGAUGGACAGCCCAGAAGCUGAUGAUGAGCUGUCAUCUCCAGUGUUAGAAAGUGUAUAAGUGUAUUUUUGUCAUUCAAAUCAGAACAUACAUUUGAUGGAAGUAUACAUUGUAUGAACUCUUGAAGCAGGGACUAUUUCUGUUAAUUUGGAUUAAUUCAAAUCCGCAAAGAAACGGUGGUAUUUGUAUCUAUAUUGAGGCGCCAAAACCUCAGUGGUAACUUUCCACUUUGGUAAGUAAUUGCCUCCAGUACAGGGUUUUGGGGUUGGGGGGGGUCUGUUUAGAGUACCUCCUGGGCAGUUCCUAAGCACAGGAGGACACUCUUGUGGAAAUAAAAAACAUCCAGAGUCAAAACCACCCAGAGCUAACACUGCCAAAGCCCUUCUGGUUGCCACCUGUGAUACUUGUAAGCCUACAUUUGCCCUACGUUCUGAUUUAGAGAUACAGUGUAUUUUCGUAGGAGCAGCAGUGUUAAGUGUGAAAUCCUUAAGUUAAGUGCUCUGGGAAAGCCUACGGACAAACGUCUGGUAUGUGGUAUUAUUUCCAUAGGAAAAUUUGAGCCCAGCCCCAAACCAAGGUCUAUGCCUGAACUCUAGGUUCCGGAGGCUGCAGAACAUCCCUUUCUAGGAGGAAAGGGGGCCUUUUAUAUUUCUGUUAGGCAGGUGUGAGACUUAGUCCUGCUGUUCUAAGAAAUGGACAGGUCACCAAAUAUACACACUAAAAGGAAGGUAUGCACGUUGUGUAUUUAGACAAGUGCCUUUUACACAUUUCGGUUUGUAGGGCAGACAGACUUUUGUUCUGUCUCUGGGGUGACUGCCACCCAUUCAGACAAUACUCCUGCCAUGUUCCUGUUGUCCUCAGUGAUGCCUUUCCUUUUUAUUUAUUAUUCUGUGUAGGAUGUGAGCAGGGGGUGCACAUGUCAUGGCACACGGGGGCGUCGAACACUUCCCAUGCCCUUUCUGGGCAGGUUUGUGAAUGUUGUCCUUUACCCACUGAGCCAGCCACCUCCUGAUGCUCUGCUAAGGAAUGCAGCAGAGUAGUUAUGGUGGCAAAUGUCUUUAGUCUCAGUCCUGGGAGGCAAGGAGUUCAGCCCAGCCAAGGCUACAAUGUAUGACUGAGUCUCAACAACAAAAAUGGCAAUGUUGUGCCUGGACAUGGUGACUCACACCUGUGAUCCCAGCACUUGGGGGUCCAAGGCUGGCCUGCCUCGAGAACACAAUAGUGCUCACUCUUACUCGUAGGUUAUGUGUUAUUUAUUAUAGACUGUAAUAUCCAUAGCUCCAACUCACCUAUCAAGUGUGAGAUGUGGCUUCUGCUACUGUAUUUCCGUGCCGAUGUGUGUUCAUUCAGCAGCAUCCUGAGGACACAGAACAGUCCAGAUUAGGUCACAUACUAAGCAACUACAAUAUUUUGUUUGAUAACGUUUUAGUUUAUAUCCCAAAUGAACCACAGACUACUUGAUGCAUAAUAAUAAAAGUUUUAUAAGCA